AUGGCUGCCCCGCCCGCGCCCGCGCGGCCUCGGCGUCCAGGCGCCCCGCGGACCACGAAAUUUGUCCCACAUAGCAUUGAAGACCAAGUUCGACUUGCAUACAACACACCCGCUUCCCACGCAUACCACCCAACAGAUCCCAGACAUCCAGAUAUCGCCGAGCCCGGAGCUGAGAGCGAGCCUGUUCGACGGCUUUGCUGCAGCACUUUGCUGAUUGAACGGACCCAUUUUGCAUGGUGGACAUUAUCUCUCCAUGUGAACAUGAGUUUGGCUGUUUAUCGUGCCCUUUCUGGCUUGCUCGUGAUCGUUAGCGAGUUCAGGCGACACAAAUAUGAUGUUGCCACUAGCCCCACCUCCCAGCAGGGUUUUUGUGUGCACGCACCCACUGACCCACGCACGCACACACACACACUCAAGAACCUUCAGGGAUCUUUGCUUCCCAAGCGGGAAAGUGCGACCUCAGUUCUUUUUGCUUUGGCACCCCGCACUGAGUUCAACUUGUAG